AUGUUAAUUAAUUCAGCAUAUACUAUUGAUUGGAUUCGUUAUGAAUUAAAUGCGAAUAGAAAAUUUAAAUUAAUUAUUUUUUCUGUUUCAUCCGAUGAAGUUAAAUUAGCAACAUGGGAUAAUAUAUUUGAAUUACUAACAAAACUUUAUCCAGAAAUUGAUUCAAAUAUUUGGUUUCGUUAUUCGAAACAAUUAAAAGAAAUGACAUUUCAACAAAUUGAUCCUGAAGAAAUAAUUGUUAAAAAUAAUUAUUUAGGACCUGAUUCAGAUGGAUAUAUACAUAAAAAACGUUUUUUAACUUUAAAAAAUCCACCAACAUUGUUACAAGUUCGAGAAUUUUUACAUAAUCAUAUUGGUCUUAAUGAAUUAUUUCAAGGAAAUGGACGAACAAUAACACAUGAAGGAAUUUUGUCAGAUAAAAGAAUAUUUAACAAAUAA